AUGCCAACAACAUAUCUUAAAAAUUUUACCUCGUCUCAUGAAUAUUCUACUGUAGAAGUAGGAGGAAAUUACUCACAAAAUUAUAGCUUUCAUAAUCAAGGAAAUUCAAUGAUCUCAAUGUCUAUGAAUAGUAAUCAAGAAGUAACAAAUUUACAAGAAUAUACAUGGAAUAACAUAGGAAAUGGACAAUUUAAUGAAAAUAAUUAUUAUAGGAAAGAUAAUCUUUAUACAGGAAUUUUAUCACCAUCAACAUAUUUAUCAAAUUCACAACAACAAUAUCAUAACACAUCAACUUCAACAUCAUGUUCUUCAAUUAUCUCAACACCAUCUGAUUCUCCAGAUGUGACAAAUAUUGAUGUUAUUAAUAAUUGUAUAUCAUUUCUUCCAAAUUCAACAUCAACGCUUAAUACUAUUAAUAGAAAUUUUGAUCAAUCAACUGGAUAUAUUCAAAAUAUUCCAAAGAAUCAUCAUUAUAUUUCAUAUGAUAUUGAAGUUCCAGGAAAAACAAUAACAACUGGAUGUAUUAAUAGUGAUGAAGAAAAUAAUAAAAUAAAUACAUCAUACAAAUUACCACCACAUAUUUAUACAAAAGUUUAUUUUCCACCAUCAGCACAAAAUCCUAAAUGUAGAAGAAAUGGAAAAAAUUCUUCAACAAAUAGAAAUGAAGAAUUAUCAAAAAAACGUACUUUUUUAUGUAAUGUUAAAGGUUGCAAUAAAAGUUAUACCAAAUCAUCUCAUUUAAAAGCUCAUCAAAGAAUUCAUACAGGAGAAAAACCAUAUAUAUGUGAAUGGCCACAAUGUACAUGGACAUUUGCUAGAAGUGAUGAAUUAACACGUCAUUAUCGUAUGCAUACUGGAGCAAAACCAUUUAAAUGUCAAUUAUGUUCUUCUUGUUUUGCUAGAUCAGAUCAUUUACAAUCACAUGCAAAGAAACAUUUAAAUAAGAAUGUUGAUAUAAAUGACUUAAAAAAUUAUGUAACAAAAGAUAAUAAAUGUUUAUCAUCAGGAGGAUCAUUAUAUAAUGAAGGAAAAGAGGAAAAUUAUUUUACAAUAAAUCAUAAUAUAGGAAAUAAUCUUUUUAAUUUUAACACUUCUUUAGACUACACUUCAUCAUUUCCUACACCAUUGUAUAAUAUUUAA